UUUCCUUUCACUGAGGACACAUGCCGGCCACCGUCCAUCGAGCAGCAGUCGCCGACAUCGACCGCAUUGCGCCGUUGUUCGACGGGUACCGCAUGUUUUAUCGCCAACCCAGCGACAUUGGACGGGCGAAGACGUUCCUCUUUGACAGGUUGAGCAGACAAGAAUCGGUUCUGUUCUUUGCAGUCGACGACCAAGGCUGCGCUGGGGGUUUUGUACAAUUGUACCCUUCGUUUUCGUCUGUGACGAUGGAACGCGUGUGGAUCCUGAACGAUCUCUUCGUGGUGCCUGCAGCGAGACGGCAAGGGAUCGCCAAGCUCUUAAUGAACCACGCACGGGACUUUGCACAGGCCGACGGGGCCAAGGGACUAUCUCUGGAGACCGACCACGACAACUACGUUGGACAAGGUUUGUACGAGGCACUCGGGUAUGCCAAGAGCACCGGGUUUCACUACUUUUUGAGCCUCAAGAAACAAGCGUGACGGGCUCGACGCAAAGUCAGCAGUCGUACAUUGCGAUAGCAUGCAUUUUUGAGCACGCGCAGCUAGAAAUCUUUGACUUUCUCAAGACACGGGCGAGAUGUGUCGAGCAUGGGUCAGCGACGUCGUGAUUAAAAACGUAUCGUGUUGGGGUCGCAGCUGUGAAGUCGCCGAC